AUGGUUGUUACUACCAAUGUUGAUGACUGUAUUUCAAGCUGUAUUAACAUUGAUAAAUACAACAAUCUUCGAAAACUUUUGCGUGUUACAGCUUUUGUGAAAAGGUUUAUGAACAAUUCUAAACCUCGUUCUUUAAAAUUUAGUGGACCUCUUAGUGCUUUCGAACUUCAGGAAGCCUUACAUUCUUGGAUCAAGGCUACUCAAAUAAAAUAUUUCGGAGCUGAAAUUCACCAGCUUCUUUCUAAGAGUGUCAUCUCCAAGGACUCGUGCGUAUAUAAUCUGAGUCCUGAACUCGAUGAAAAUAAUCUGCUGCAAUUGAAGGGUCGUCUGCAGUUUUUUAGCGGUGACAUGAGGGCGAAGCAUUCUUGGCUUCUCCCAUCCAACGAUAAAUUUGUAAAAUUACUGAUAUUGGAUGCUCAUUUCAAAAUGGGCCAUUUAGGUGUUGAAGGUACCUUAACUCACUUGCGCGAACAAUUCUGGAUCAUCAAAGGUAGACAAUUUGUAAAAAAGGUAUUGAAUGACUGUCUCAUAUGUAGACGUUUUAAGGUAAAGACUGGAGAACAGGUGGUAGCUCCACUACCUCCUGACAGAAUUCUAGAACAUUCACCAUUUGAUGUAUCUGGCGUAGACUUUGCAGGACCUUUUUUUGUGAAUGACUCUAAUGAUAAGUGUUAUAUGAUAAUAUUUACUUGUGCUGUAGUAAGAGCUGUUCAUUUAGAAUUAGUUAAUAAUAUGAGUACUGAUUCAUUUUUAUUAGCUUUUAGGAGAUUUAUUUCUCGUAGAGGUUUGUGUUCUGUAAUUUACUCUGAUAAUGCUAAAACAUUUAAAAAGGCAAAUUCUGAAUUAAGUAAAUGGUGGAAAUAUAUUAAUAAUCCUGAAGUUAAAAAUGUAUUUGCCUCCAAAGGUAUUGUUUGGAAAUUUAUUGUUGAGAGGAGUCCAUGGUGGGGAGGGUUUUGGGAAAGGCAGAUACGUACAAUUAAAACUUGUUUAAAGAAGAUUAUUGGCAAAUCAAGUCUUUCUUUUAAGGAAUUAGAAACCAUUUUUUUAGAAAUUGAAGCUAUUGUUAAUUCUAGGCCUAUCACGUAUCUGUACAAUGAACCUUCCGAACCUUCACCACUCACUCCUUCUCAUUUUCUAAUUGGGAAAAGAUUAGCAUCUUUACCAGUAAUACAAUCUAAAAUUGAGGAAUUAAAUGUAAAUAGAGAUUCUUUAACAAAAAGGAUUAAAUAUCAACAAACAAUUUUGAAUCAUUUUUGGAAUAGGUGGAGAAAGGAAUAUUUGCUUAAUUUGAGAUCAGCUUAUAUCUCUCCACAGCCAGGUAAGAUUUGUUCAUUUAAGGUAAAUGAUGUCGUUUUAAUUAAUGAUGAGCGUUAUCCAAGGAAUAUGUGGAUGAUAGGAAGAAUUUUGGAGUUGUGUCCAGGGCGAGACGGACAAGUUCGUUCUCUUCUCAUCAAAACUCCCAAAGGAAACAUAAAACGCUCAGUUCAACUUGUUUGCAAUUUAGAGAUAAAUCCUUAA